AUGAGCCCUGCCCUACCCUGCCAUCUGGAUCCUGUCCCCCCUCCCUUUUCGGUGUGGUGCUUGCCCAGUGCGCCUAGCUUGCACUGCACAUCAACCCGCGCACCAAAGCACAUCAGACGGGAAGGCAUUCUGUGCCCAUCAUCGGCUGCUGCACAAGACUGGAGCAUCGACGUGCGACUUCGCUACCUGCUUGCCUCGUCUGCGACCUGCCACUCGCUCAAGGCCAAGGCAGCACCACCUCGUGGUCCGGACCUGGCCGAAGCGACAAAUGACUGA